UUUGAAACUUGAAGCCUUCCACUAUUGGAAAUUGAACUUAAUUAAUAGUUUCUUACUACCUUCUACUACUCAGGUCUCAGGCGCAUCCUACAUGAGAACCAACAUAGUUUGUGGAUUUCCAACUAUAAGACUUUAAAUUGUCUUUGUUUGAGAGAGAGAAAGAGAGAGAGAGAGAGAUGGGAGAGAUGGGAGAAGAAGAAAUCAUAUCAUCCAAAGCUUUACCAAUGAAAGGAGGAGAUGGCCCUUACAGCUACACUAAGAACUCCUACUGUCAGAGAGUGGCUUUGGACAAUAUAAAAGAGAUGAUCAAUGAAGCAAUUGCAGAGAAUCUUGACAUCAAACACCUCUCUCCUAUUUCAAAUACAUUUUGCAUUGCAGAUUUGGGCUGUUCAGUUGGACCCAAUACUUUUACUUCCAUGAAUGACAUAAUGGAAGCCACAGUACUCAAGUACCAUUCUGAAGGCCUAAGUUCAAACCUUCCUGAAUUCCAUGUCUUCUUCAAUGACCACACAGCCAAUGAUUUCAAUACUCUCUUCACUUCUCUCCCACCAGACCGACAAUACUUCGCCGCCGGCGUUCCGGGUUCUUUCUACAUCCGUUUAUUUCCAAAAGCUUCUCUUCACUUUGUUCACUCUUCUUUUGCUCUCCAUUAUCUCUCUAAACUACCAAAAGAGAUUACAGACAAGAACUCUCCUGCAUAUAACAAAGGGAAGAUCAGUUAUCCAACCUCCUCAAAGGAAGUUGUGGAAGCUUAUGCAUCUCAAUUCUCUAAAGACUUUGAAUCCUUCUUGAAUUUCAGGGCUGAAGAGCUUGUGUGUGGAGGGUUGAUGGUACUUAUCAUGACAGGUAUUCCAGAUGGGUCAUCUCGUUUCCAAGCCAUUGGUGCAACUCUUGAUGUUCUUGGGUAUUGCCUCAUGGAUAUGGCUAAAAUGGGACUAGUGAGUGAAGCUAAAGUGGAUUCCUUCAAUUUCCCUGUCUAUAGUCCAUUUCGCCGGGAGGUUGAGGAGUUGCUUGAAAGAAACAGAUGUUUCAGUGUCGAGAGAUUUGAACUGGUGACACGAACACGAGAUGUUGCAGCGACCGAUGUACAGGCCGUUACGAAGCAUGCAAGAGCUGUUACAGAGGAAAUGAUCAAGCAACGCUUUGGAAGUGAGAUCAUAGAUGAACUCUAUGAACGGGUCUUCCAAAAAUUACAGGAGUUUCCCCAGUUCUUAGAUGGUAUCUUCAAGAGAUCAACUCAAUUAUUUGUGGUUCUCAAGCGCCAAGCAAUGGAUUGAUCCUCUUCUUUCUUUACAUCUUUAUCUUCUUUGUUCUUUUUCUUUUUUUAAUAAAGAUAACAAUCCCUUUUAGCAAAUAAAGACAUGCACUGGAUUAGUACACCAAUGUCACUGCCCAUUUCAUGGUUUCCCUUUGUUUUGAAUUAUAGGAGAUUGUUUCUCUAUCCUUCUUUUUCCAAA